GAACGGCAUUUCGGACAGGAUGUUUGGUGCUGAAGACCAAGAACUGAUUAGCUGAAUUAUUAUUCUAGUCAUUCAGGAUUGUUCUGAGUCUCCAGGAAGGUCCAUCCAAGUGCCAGCCCAGGUGGAGGCACACUUGGAAGCCAAUUUCAAGAACUUUUGUCACAGGUGUAAAAGACUCCAGACCUGCAAAGAUGCUGAAACAGAUACUAUCAGAGAUGUACAUAGAUCCUGAGCUGCUGGCAGAGCUCAGCGAAGAACAGAAACAGAUCCUGUUCUUCAAGAUGAGGGAGGAACAGAUCCGGCGAUGGAAAGAAAGAGAAGCAGCAAUGGAAAAAAAGGAGUCCUUGCCAGUGAAAUCCAGGCCAAAGAAAGAGAACAGCAAAUCUGUUCAUUGGAAACUAGGAGCUGAUAAAGAAGUUUGGGUCUGGGUGAUGGGCGAACAUCAUCUAGAUAAACCCUAUGACGUGCUCUGCAAUGAGAUUGUCGCUGAGAGAGCCCAGCUAAAAGCAGAGCAGGAAGCAGAAGAGCUCAGCAAAACUCAGUCCAAAGAAUUCACCAAUAGCCUGGCCACAAAAUCACACUACUUUGAUCCGCAAGCACCAGAUACCUGGGAGUCUCAGAACAUCUGUAAGAGAGCAGCAGAAGGGGAGGAAUCUGGGCCCGGCUCAAGACCAGCACUGCUCCUUAAAGAAGAGAAGAUUCCAUUACCCUCCAGUUCCUCGAGAAAUAUUCAACAAAUGUUGGCAGAUUCUAUCAAUCGUAUGAAGGCAUAUGGAUUUCAUCAGAAGAAGGAAUCCACAAAGAAAACACAAGAUGAAGAAAUAAAACAAAUAGAUGAAGAGAGAACCAAGCAGAUUUAUAAGAACUGGAAAGAAGAUUCGGAGUGGCAGGCAUCUUUGCGAAAAUCCAAAGCAGCUGAUGAGAGGAGACGUUCCUUGGCUAAACAAGCCCGGGAAGACUACAAGAGGUUAUCCCAGAAAGGAAGGAGUGGUGAGGGACCGCAAAGCCCCGCAAGUGUUCCACAGAAACCAAAAAGACCCCCUCUUCCACCCAAGCCUAUGUUUCUAAACCCAGCAGGAUGCCCUCAAAAGCCUCUUAGAAAUCAAGGAGUGACAAGGACAGCAUCCAGCUCUGCUCAGGAGGACAUCAUCCGAUGGUUUAAAGAGGAGCAGCUACCUCUGCGAGCAGGCUAUGAGAAGACCUCCGACACCAUUGCUCCCUGGUUCCAUGGAAUUCUCACACUAAAGAGAGCAAACGACCUUCUGAGCACAUGCGUGCCAGGCAGUUUUCUGAUCCGAGUCAGUGAAAAGAUCAAAGGCUAUGCCCUGUCCUACCUUUCUGAGGAUGGCUGUAAACAUUUCCUCAUAGAUGCCUCCACGGACUCCUACAGCUUCCUGGGCGUGGACCAGCUGCAGCAUGCCACUCUGGCCGAGCUGGUGGAAUAUCACAAGGAGGAACCCAUAACUUCCCUGGGGAAGGAGCUCCUUCUGUAUCCACGUGGUCAGCAGGACCAGACUCCCGACUACCUGGAGCUCUUUGCGUGACAGCCCCCAUCGUGUCACUCUGCGGCCUCCAGCUGGGCUUUCCUCUGGACAAACAGCGCUGAAAUGGACAUGUGUGUGUGAAGCCAAAAUCACCCUGUAGCAGAGCCAAUUCUGAUCAACUGAAAGUAACCUUGGAGUCCUAUGGAAAUCUCUUCUGCACAGAUGCUGAAGUUUAAUGCUAAGAGAAAAUCACCUCUGCAUUGUAUACACUCCAAAAGUAAAGGGAGAUGAUCCCCAAUUUCAGCAACUACCUAACAUGAAGGAGACAACCUUAAUGAUGUAUGCGAGAUAAAAUGAACAAAGAAGAAAUUGAAACUUUUUAGGAAUGAAGAUAUACUUCCAACACCAGUAGCAUGUGGGAACUACAUCAUCUCAAAAGUCUCAGGGUCCUGUUUAUAUGAAGUUCUAUGCUGGCUUUGGGAAGCUGGAAAAUAAGCCUUUACUGAUGACUGAGAUGAACCUCGAAACACACUUCAUUUAUUGUGCAUUUUGGAAUCAGGAUGUAAGAAACAUAGAAUAACAAAGUUGGGAAUGUAAAUCGAAUGAGUUUUAAAAUGUAGGAUGAGAGGCGUAACAUGUACGAUACUGCAGACUGGGAAAGCGAGCGUGUUCUCGCUCUGGAGCAUCAGGACGGCACAUGCCCUGUCCGCCUCGGCGCCACCCCAGAGAGCACGGAGGAGACAGCGCCUAGGGUCUUGGGAGCUGCUGUUAGUGGUGACAGACAAGGACAGAAUAGUGAGUUGUUUGGGUACUACCACUUGUGGGUUGAAUUGUGUCCCCCAAAAAGAUAUGUUGUUGAAGUUCUG